AUGGAACCAAAGUCGUCUGAAAUCACUAUUACACUCAAGAAUGGCGACAAGGUUAAAGUAAACGAUCAUGUGUACUGCAGUCCAAAUUGGAGCAUCCGUGAUGGAACACCCUACUCCGUGGCGCGGAUUAUGGAGUUUCUCCCUCCUGAGGACAAGUCUGCCUCCGUGGGGUCGUCGUCAUCCACAAAUAACAAUGGGCUCAAAGUACAAAAAGGAAAAGGCCGUGAGACUUAUACGCGCGUGCGUCUCGCGUGGUACUAUCGCCCUUCCGAUGUUUCCGACCGGAACGUGGCCGACUCAAGGCUUCUUCUUGCUGCAAUCUAUUCCGAGAUAUGCGAUCUCAGCCAGCUUCGUGCCAAGUGCUACGUAAUUCACCGAGACAAGCUUGCUAAUCUCGCGGACUGGAAACGCAAGCCCGACCGCUUUUAUUUCCACAGGCUAUUCGACCCGUACAUUAAAAAGGAGUUUGAGGUUCUCCUUUCAACAGAUAUCAGAAAUUUGCCACCUCAUAUCAGAGAUGUUCUCGUCUCUCGCUAUGAAUAUGUAGUAGCAGAGAAAGAAGUGGUUCCAGACCUGACAGACUCACUCCGUCUUUGUGAAACGUGCGGAGAGUGGUGCGCACAUUUGGACGCGGUUCAAUGCGCCGCUUGUAAAUGCCACUUCCAUAUGUCUUGUGUAAACCCUCCACUUGUUGCGAAACCUUCGCGUGGAUAUGGUUGGACAUGUGCACCAUGUUCACGUCGACACGAGGACCAGGUUGACUCUCGUGAAGCUCCUGGCCAGCAACGUGAGGGAACACCCAAGAAUGGCGCAAAUGGUACUUCAAAGAUAAAACGUGGACGUCCUCGCAAGGAACGCACAGGACUCAUCAAUGCGAACAGUGAGGAAGAGCUACAAGUCAAACACUAUAAGCUGUGGCCGUUUAGAUAUUUUGGGCUGUAUACUGUUGCGGAAGAUACGAUGGAUCCAGAUGACCUCAUCUUUCCCCGAGCAGCAACGCGUGUGGGACCGAAGUACCAGGUGACAGUGCCGUUGGCUCCUGGCGAGACAGCCCCACCUGCUACUGGUGCUUCCGGCUCGUCUACAUCUGUAGUGACUAGUGCGGGAGAGAUUGAGGAACGUGGAGGGGACUCGACUAUCGAGGUUUUAGGUCUUGUUAAUGAGUUUAGUUCAAAAGAGCUUGAGACAUUGGAAAGAGUGAUGCAGAGACAGGUUGUGCGAAAGGACCAGAUCCAUUCUGUAGACUGGUUGACAGAGAUAGUUCGCAAAACUAGUCAGGCGUACUCCAAUGGAAAGGCUGUUGACUCUAUUUCAAUGAAGACGCCGUUGCGUCUUGAGAAGUGGAAGAAACAGGAGACUCGUUACACAGACAGGGAAUGGAACGAUGAAGAAGUUGCUGCUUUUGAGGAUGGUAUUGCACAGUUCGGUGCGGAGCUACGCUCGGUCCGGGAAGAAGUAGGCACACGUUCUAUGCCGGAGGUGGUCCGCUUCUAUGGCAAAUGGAAGAACGCCCGACUUCGAGAGGAAAAUGCACGUUUGCGAGAGCCUGACGCGUACAAGAAAGCAAAAAUUCCUCGAUCCGGCGCUGCUUCUCCAGCGCAGCGUUCGAGUGUAUCCGAUGAUGACCAGUCCAUUGUCGACAUUCCACCCAGCGCUCAAGGAGGUGCACGAAACGCGAACUACUGUGCGGCAUGUCGCACUCGCGAAUCUCGCGUCUGGUGGAAGGCACCUAAGGGUCUUGCGACACCAAUCUUGUGCGAUAACUGUGGUGUGAACUGGCGAAAGUAUGCAGAUUUGAAUGCACGGCCAACUACACGCGAAGAAUCUGCGAUGAGUGCGAGUGUUAGCGCUCCAGUGAACGUCCUUCCUGGUGCGAAGACCCGGGGUGCGGAGAAGAGGGAGGGUACCCCGUUGAGUGCGCCAACGGCAAAGCGAACCAAGGUUACUGGCUCUUUGAGUACGAAAUCCACCCCACCACCAGGUGUCAAUGGCACAGCCGUAUCACACCGCUGCCUCUCAUGUUACCGCAAUGGAGCACUUGGUAAAGUACUCAAAUGCGGUGGAUGUGGUGUCACUUUGCAUGCCGGCGCAUGUGGAGCCGUCCUCGAGAUGGAUCAAGUUGACUCUUGGUUAUGCGAACUGUGCGAGAACGAGAAGUCUUUGGAAUAUUCACUGAAUACGGACUGCCUGCUCUGUCCGCGUGUGCCGAAGAAUGCAAAGUUAAAUGGGACGCCCCCGUGGGAGACCUAUUUGCGUGCGUGUAAGCCAACGGAAGGGCAAGGUUGGGUGCAUGUUUUGUGUUCCGUGUUUAUUCCCGAGGUGCAGUUCUCCGACGCGACGCGAUUGCGCAUGGUCGAGGGUAUUAGCACGAUUCCGAAGCAUCGAUGGACAACAAAAUGCUGUUUGUGCAAUAUGCCCGGUGGGGCCGUUGUGCGAUGCGGAAACUGCCCGAAAGAGUAUCAUGUUUCUUGUGCUUGGAAGUACGGACACAAGUUCGGCUUUGAAAUCCAACCGGUGAAGAGUUCCCGACGAGAUGUGACGAACAUGGUGACCUUCAGGCGAGAGACUGGCGCUAUGAACGCUGUCAUUUGUUGUAAGGACCACAGCAGUUACCGCCGAGACACGUAUGACAUCUGCGACACUAACGAUGUCGGCGAGACGGCCCUGCAAGUAUAUGCGCGGACGUACAAGCAAGCAAAUGUCGAUCAGACACAUAGUCUACUACGCAAAGCCCAGCGCCUCGACCAACUCCUCCAACUCCAUUCACACGACAACUCCUCAUCGUAUGUCUCUGACGAGCCGAUGUUCACUGAGAAUCCCGCGUGUAUCGAGUGCAAGACGGAGUGUUCGCCAUUCUUUCACCCGGCGCCGACGGAUCCAGGGAAGUGGUUGUGUCAUCGGUGUUUCUUCUCCACUGCUUCCAAUACGCAGCCGAUGCAGCAGCCGAAAGUCGAGACUCUUGAAACGAUGGAGAUCGUUAUGCUUGAGGCGUAA